UUGAUGAAGGCGGAAUCCCGAUUAUUAAUUUUGGGCUCCCCCGUACCCCUGAGGCGCGAAGCAAAGAAUCUCCAUUGCAAAGAACGAAGGUUGUCUCGUAGCGAAACAGCGAUAUUACGCAAAGGGUUGGAGUGAAAGGGUAUGGCGCAGCCGUCCUCCCCAGGAAAAUUGUCAGUUGACCUCAAAGACGCCAUUGACGAGUUGCUUAAGUUCACUAUUCAAUCGCAUAUUAAUGGGAACUCUGGAUUGGAUUUGGGCUUAUCGAUCGACUUCUGCUCUGCCCUUCUCGAUGAUGACGAUGGAACUUCCGCUGCUGUUUCUGGCACGGCCACCAGCAGAGGCAAUCGUCCCCCACAGCCUUUAUACAAGCUCCUUGCAUCAGCUUUAUAUGGAGAUAUCAUUUCGGGAGACUUUAGUGGGGUAUCUCGUGGAGAGGACUCUAAACGGAAUGGUGAAUGGAGUGCACAAAUCAUGGCCGCGGCCACUGAACUGGCAAAUAUUUUCUCGUCUAUAGAGUACGAUCUUCAUGUUCAGGAACCAUUCUUCACACAGUUAAGAGAUGGAUUGAAAACAGUUGAAGGACGGUGUGCUAGAGGCUUCUACAACCAAAUUCAACCCGGAGCAUUGAUCCUGUUUAAUAAGUGCUUGGUGGUUCGAGUUCAGGGUGUACAGCGAUAUACUUCUUUCUCGGAGAUGCUUGAAGCAGAGGGCCUUGACAAAGUCCUUCCUGGUCUAGAAAGCAUUGAUGAAGGUGCUAAAGUUUAUCGAAGGUUUUAUACAGAAGAUGAGGAAAGGUCCAAUGGUGUGAUUGGUGUUCGCAUUUCAAGAACAGCCAUUCAACCAUGCAAUUACUUGGCUGAAAUUAUCUCCCCCAAUGAGUCGGGCAGCUAA